GUGUUGCAGAGCAGUUUGCCAUUGCAGAGGCUAAGCUGAGGGCUUGGUCCUCCGUGGACGGAGACGAGUCCAACGAUGACUCAUACGAUGAAGACUUUCUGCCUGCCAACGAGCCCACCACACAGAGCACUGAUGUGUCCUCCUACCCCCCCUACUUGAAGGAUCUGAUCCACACCCAGCUCUGUCAGCACCUGGGUCUGCGGGGGACCCUCUCUGAAAGCGGGGUGGGUGGAGGGGACGGGGGCUGCAGCCGGGAGCCGUCCCCCACGGCGGGCUCUCCAGACACCCUGUGUUCCAGCAUGUGCAGCCUCGACGAGCAGCACCCCCUGCUCCGUGACCUGGGGGGGCACCGCGGCCCCCACUCCAACGCCGCUGAGCUCGCCGCCAAGAUCCUGUCGGCGCUCCACGGCGGGGAGGAGCUGCUGGCCCGCCUUCAGAGGGUGGGGCAGAGCGGGCCUGCUGGGGGAGAGAGUGGUUUCCAUACCCUGGGAGGGGGCAGACAAGGCUGCAGGCCCUGUGGGGGUCAGGACUCUCCUUGCUACUCCAUGUCUUACUCUGAGACGUACCUGUCACCUGGCGAGGACGACGACACCCCAUGCAAAGACUAUCAGAGCACCAUGUGCCAGGUGGAGGCAGAGGGCAACGAGGUGGAGUAUCCGCCCGGCUACGACCCCAGCCGAAGGGUGUCUGACGUGGCCUCCUCCGGGGUGGUUUCCCUGGACGAAGAGGACGAGGAGGAGGAGCUGGAGGAGAGGGCGGGGCAGCCGAACAACCAGUGACUCCAACAAGCUAAGGGUUAAUGUCUUCUUCUGAACUUUAAUAACUCUCCAUCUCUUAAAUGGCACCUAAAAAAAAAAACGGAACGUCCCACAACGGCGCCCCUCCGACCGACCAUCCAUCUUUGCCUUACCGGUGGUGUUUCAGCUCCUCCCUCUUCCUGCUUCGUUCUCCUCCCACAAAAUCUGUUGGCUUUGAAGGCGUCCAAACAAUCUUUUUGAUCGGAACUCAAAAAAACGCUGGACUCGAUGAGGCAACCCCCCCCAGUGAGUGGUGGGUUUGAACCCCACCCUUCUCAGCUGAGCAAACAGAAUCAGAAGGACUGAGCGGUGGGACUCUGACUUAUCGAUGCAUGUGUUCUGCAAGCGUUGGAAUGACCCGGUCUGGAACAAGACGUGUAAUCUCAGCUGUGCUGUAUUACCCCUGUCAAUGACCCCCCCACCCCCACAUUGGAGGGCAGGUUGACACUGCAUCCUGGCACCUGCCCUUUUCUCCCGCAUAAUUCCCUCUCCUUUGCAAGAGACUGAAUUGCAUCCUUCUGGGCAUGGCUUGCUGAGAAUGCCAAACUAUUUAACCCUGUCACGACCGAGUAGAAGGUGGAAUGUCAGGAAAGUGACAGGAAGUGGUUUGUAUUUU